GCCACGGCUGGCCGCAGGAAACUACGCGUGCGCACAACGCCCUUUUCAAAAAAAAAGCGAGCCAGGCAGACCCGCCGGGACUCUUGCGCGUGCGCAGUAGAAAAUGAAGCUUUUGGAGAAAUUGCCGGAGGCCGAGGCGGCGAAGUUCCUUCACAAGGUGGUCGAUGGGCUGUGUGGCUACGCUUUCCCUCGGCACCAGGACUAUAAUGCUAUUUGGGACUUAGCAGAAUGGAUGGAGGCUCUAGAACAAACAGCCUCGUACUUCAGGAAAACCGUUGGAAAAGACCUUUCUGAUGAAGAGGCUGCUCGGCCAUUGGCUGAGUUAAAUCCCGACACUCAAAGAGCAAUGCUGGCUUGUUUGAAAGGCAGAAAACCUGAUAUCAGGCAAGCCCUGAUUGGAAAAACAAAUGCUAUUUGUUCCUCCCAGCUCUUGAAUUUUGACUGGCAGCUCAAGCUUGCGCUUUCUAGCGAUAAGUUGUCCAUGCUCCAGAUGCCGCUUUUAAACCUGGAUCUGGAUUUGUCUAGAGAUGGUGAUCUCAAAUAUAUCUCCGUUGAAAUUAAUAAAGAGGAAUUACAGACUCUGAUAAAUGCCUUGGAAGCAGCAAACAAGGUUGUUUUGCAACUGAAAUGAUUCCAAUCUCGGAAUUUCCCGGUGACGUUUAUUCUAAAAUGCAAAAGGAUUUUUGUUUUUCCCCUGAGCUGCAAAAUUCAGCACAUAAACGAAGACGGAGAAUUUUAAUGGCAAGCUUAACAAGACUCAAACUGCUAAUGAGCAGUAGAUCAAAAUCAGUUAAGUACAUUUAGGCUAAAUGGCCAAAAUGUGUCAUAGAGCAAAGCUUGGACUCUUGCAGUAUAUCUGAAAAGUUUUGAAGGUGCUGAAAAUUCACUGGAAUUCUUGGGAACAUUAACAAACAUUGUGUCAAAUUAUUUGCUGCGAAAUAAAAAGAAUUCUUUUUCCCAA